GGAACCUGUUUCAGUGAUUUGGACUCGCCCCUUCAGGAGUACAAGAGAAAAAACACACAAAGAGCAGGAUGGUUGGAUCUGACUUCUGCUGCCGGGGAUUCAUGAUUGGGUGCGACCUUUGACCCCUUCCCUUCACUGUCACCUGCCCAACUGUCUGAGAGGGGCGGGGCCUGAGGAGCACAGGACUGUCACCAUGGCAACCACCUCCUCCCAGAUUGGCCCAGGUCUGGGUCUGGUUCUGGUGGAGUUUCAGUAUGAGUACCAGGGUCGGGACGGCGCUCUGGUCUCCAUCAGACCCAACGAACGCUACGUCCUGCUGGCUAAGACCAACGACCACUGGUGGCAGGUCCGGAGGGACCGUAACUCCAAGCCCUUCUACAUUCCUGCCAAAUACGUCAAGGAGCUGCCACUGGACCUCCCCUUGCCUCUGGACUUUGAUCCGCCCAGUCCUGAACCGGUGCUGCUUCCUGCUGCGGCGCCCGUCCCUGUCCCUGUCCCUGUCCCCGUCCCCGUCCCUGUUCCAAAGACUCUGGAGGAGCCCAGAACCAAAUCAGGGGACGAGGUGAUGAUACGUGUCAGAACUGAUGCUUCCACUGGAUACCGCAAGACCGAGAACCGCAUGUCCACGUUUGGUGUCCCGCUGGACUUUAUUGACCUGUCGUCUGCGGUGACACCAGCACCGCGACAUCCCAGCAACCCUCCUGCUGGUCCCACAGAACCCGGGACCACAGCAGCCAGUGGGACUACAAACGUGGCCGACGAUGCUAUGAGCAAAAAGCACUUAGCGGGGUUCCUGGACAACCACAGGGAGUCCGACAAAGCUCGAGUUCCCAGUUUCAGUCCUGCAGACCCCAUCUCCACUCCCCGCCCCCACACCCAGCCCAUACCCGUGGAGACACCGGUGGUCCCUGUGAUCCCUCCCCACAACGACCACCACAGCACGUCCUCACCAUCCAUGGGUUGCCAUGACCACCAGGAGUCCUCAAUAGAGCCUGAGGAGGAGGAGGUGGCGGAGGAGGAGACGAGCGAAGAGGAGAGCAGUGGCGAGAAGGAAUCAGUAAAGGAGGAAGAGUCAAACCACAUCUACGAGUCUAUUCAGGACCUGAACCUGGACCUGGAGGCUCUGACGGGAGGAAGAGUGAGUCCUGGAGCACCGUCUGAGCCUGCACCUGCCCCGCCCCCCACACAGGACCACAGCGUGGUCACCGCGACCUCACCGAUCUACGCUAACGUCUCGUCUCUGAAGAAACCGGCCGUCCCUCAGAUAUCUGUCUCUGGCCCCGCCCUCCCCUCAUCACCUCCUCCUGACCAUAUCCCCAUCACCACAGACCACACCCCCUCCUCUUCAGUCUCCUCCUCUGGGAUGAUAAGCCCCGCCUCCCCCAUCAGCCCACAGGACGGCUGGCAGGUGCACACCGACCAGGACAGUGGGAAGGUCUUUUAUUUCCAUCCUGUAACCAGACAGACCACCUGGUCCGACCCCCGUGGUGCCCCGUCCACCGGGGACACGUCCACAGGGAGUGAGGGGGGACAGCUGAUGUCCCCCUCCCCCGUGCUGUCCCCCGCCUCCUCUCAGGGUUCCUGUGGCUGGGAGCAGCUGGUCGACGAAGUCUCAGGGAGGUUUUACUACUACAACCCCGUCUCAGGCGCCACGUCAUGGGUCGCGCCAGAGCCGCUCUCCCCCUCCUCACCCACCCCCCUCCCAGGAUCCACGGCCAGCAGCAGGCACGACGCCGGCCCGCCGCCGCUGCCUGAGGAAGACUAUCCUGUCGACACACACAACGAGAACAACGACGUCUUCACAACAAAUCCUCAGCAGCACGUGGGCGGGAUCCCCAGAGCUCAUCUUCAGGAGCUGCCGUCUUUACCCCAGAGGCGGAUGGGAAAUGGAGUUUCUGAGGAGGGAACGGUGCAGGUCAGGAACUGGAGACACAGCGUGGCCGAAGACACGUUUGCUCACAGCCACAGGAGGAACGUGUCUGACUUCCCUGAUGUGUCCAACAGAAGACACUCACCUGACAGUCCACAGCUCUCUGACAGACACCCCCUGAAGAGGAACCUGUCCGACCGGAGCACAGGCUCGCACCAGCUGCACUGCCAUCUGCUGGAGAAAGCAGGAAUCGUCAAUAAGACCAAAGUAGUGGAUAACGGUAAAAAGAUAAGGAAGAACUGGAGUCAGUCCUGGACUGUCCUCCAUGGCGGCAUCCUCACCUUUCACAAAGACCCCAAAUCUGCUCCCUCUGGGAACGCUAGUAAAUCCUCACAGAUUGUUCCUGAAUACACCGUCGAGCUGAGAGGAGCCUCCGUGGACUGGGCCGCCAAAGACAAGUCCUCCAAGAAGAACGUUCUAGAGCUGAAGACUCGUCAGGGCUGCGAGUACCUGAUGCAGUACGACAUCGAGAACAUCAUCAGUGAUUGGCUUAAAGUGAUGCAGGACACCAUCAGACAGCUGGAACUGGACGAAGACGACGAGGACGACGCUGCUUCAGACAAAGAGGACAAAGACAGGAAAAGGACAUCGACCAGGAAUUCAUCAGGAUCAGCUGACUCUGAGCAGAGACGAGUUCGGACCAAACUACGACGUUUCCUCCAGCGCCGGCCGACGCUGCAGAGCGUUAAAGAGAAGGGCUACAUCAGAGACAACGUGUUCGGCUGUCACCUGGACACUCUGUGUCACAGAGAGAACGCCACCAUCCCAAAGUUUGUAGAGAAGUGUAUCAGAGCGGUGGAGAGGAGAGGUCUGGACGUGGACGGGAUCUACAGAGUGAGUGGAAACCUGGCUGUGAUCCAGAAACUACGACACAAAGCUGAUCAUGAGGAGCAGUUGGACCUGGAGGACGGACAGUGGGAGGAGAUCCACGUGAUCACCGGAGCACUGAAGCUUUUCCUUCGGGAGCUUCCAGAGCCGCUGUUUCCCUUCAGCUGCUUCGACAAGUUCAUCGCCGCCAUCCAAGUUCCAGACUACAGCCUGAGAGUCUCCUACAUGAAGGACCUGGUUCGUUCUCUGCCUCUGCCGAACCACGACACCAUGGAGCUGCUGUUCAGACACCUGCGCAGGGUGAUCGAGAACAAGGACGCCAACAGGAUGUCGGUUCAGAGCGUCGCCAUCGUCUUCGGCCCCACGUUGCUCCGCCCACAGACCGAGUCAGCCAAUAUGACGAUCCACAUGGUGUUCCAGAGCCAGAUAGUGGAGCUCAUGCUCAACGAGUUCCAGACCAUCUUCUCCCAGAGCUAGGAGGAACUUCCUGUGGAACCUUCAGAACCCUCUGAGAACCUCAUGGAGUUCUCCCAAACAUCAUCACACUCGCUUAAAGAUCUUCCACUGUGUCAGAGAACCUUCUAGAACCAAUCAUCACCUCCUCUCAGACCAAAGUUCACUGAGGACUGAAACUGGAACCUGCCCCCCAUUACCACUGUGUCUCCAAUGAGCCACAUAGAACCAGAGUGGAACUAUGUAGAACUCAGUCUGAAAACUUCACUACUCCAUCAAGGAAACCGACCAAACAGAGACACUAAAAAAAACAAAUUUAUCCCUUUGUGGAAAAAUGUUCCAACAAGUUCAUCUGGAACCUUUAAAGAACUCUUAAAGAACUCUGGAACCAAACAUCCUCUCCUCCUUUCUACAAUCCGUGGACAUAUAAAUUAAUAGAGUGUGUAACAUGGAACCUGUUGAGUAUAUAAUUCUCUCAUCAGCAGACCACCAAACCAUGUUAUACUCUGAGUGGAUCCACCUAGAACCCUGGACUGGUUCUGAAACCUUUACCACAGCCUCACUUUGCUGUCAAGACAAUAGACCAAACCAAACACACCAACUCUGCACCUGAAUAAAACCCCAAACCCAACGUCACACUGAGAGUGAGAACUAUUCACACAGGUCUCAGAUCAUUUUGGAACCUUGUAGAACUCUAGAACAAAACAUCCUUUUUUUCUUUGUUUUUCACUAAUUCUUGUGGACGUUAAAGUUCACAGGAUUAAACCUGCAGUCUGUUGGCUGAAUGGCACCUCUGUCUCACCACCAAACCACAGAGCCUUAAACGACCCCGGUGGAACCACCUAGAACCCUGGACUGGUUCUAAGAGGAGAGAGUUCUUGUGUCUGAAGACAAACUGGAGUAUGGCAACGGAUCUUCAGACCAACUUAAACACAUAAAAUAUCUUUGAACCUUCAGAGACUUCAGCUGACGACCAAUCAGCUCGUCCGUUCUGCUCCUGCUGAGAGGAAAUGACUCUCCACAGCAGCAGACGGCGGUCGUCUGUCUUCAUCAACAGGAAGAGCAUCUUGAUGCUAGUUAGCCAGUUAGCACAUGAACAACACAAUCAGAGCAUAUUUACCGUGCGCCAGUGAACAAGAACACAAACCAUCAGGAAACGUUUCUGCUGAAGAGAAAAAUAAUCUGACCUCAUAGAACAAGUUGGUUUUGGACUUUAGCUCCUCCUUUACCCACGGACGCUCCUCUGCUCCUCACCUGAGCUCAGCCGACAGUCAGAGGGAGGUCAUUCACUGACGGGCUCUGAUGUUGAUUCAACAUGUUGAAUCAGCCCCCCAAAAAAGAGUCAGUGGGGGCUGAUGAGGGACACACCACAAAGACUGAGUGAGACGCUCACCAUCGGCCACCUGUUGACUUAAAACUGCCCACCUAAACAUGAGACUGUUCCCAUUCAGAUGUGACACCUCAACAGAAGAAUGAGGGAACAUAGGAUCUUUUUACGGUUCCCAAACAAAUUAAAAAUGUAAAGUCCAGUUGGGUUCUCCUGUUUGUUUGUUGUUGUUUUUGUUUGGUGUAGCUACACAUUUAGACAAAUAAAGGCCUGUCUCUAUUAGAGGCCUGCAGCUGUAUUCACAAACAGAGAGCUGCUAACUUAGACUAAAAACUUGAAGUAAGGAGUCUGACCUCAGGAGCGAUUUAGGAAAGUUCUCAGAGCAACUCUCAAGGUGUGCUCGACCCUGUUGGUAGGUGUGGGGCUUUCUUUUAACAGAUGUGAUUGGUUGUCACAGACACACCCCUUAGUGGGUCACAAUUUUAAAAACUUUCUUAGAAUUUCGUCACGAGGAGCGACUCUUAGCACGAGGACGCUUUGUGAAUACGACCCCAGGUCUGUUACCAUCAGUUCAUUUUUAUUGGAGCUCUUCAGAUGUAUAAAGCAGGUCGUUGUGUACCUCAGAUUCUGUGUCUGUUCCUGGAUCACCCCUCAGUCUGUAAGGGUCCUCACAGCAAAAGAACCAAAAGGGUUUUUACAGUAUAACAAUGAAUCCAUGUUGUGAGGAUUGUUUGAACAGGAUAAAGUGGAGUUGUGUCGGUGUGUCACGUGCUGUAACUCUCUCUGAUGCUCCGUCUGUCAGAGUCAGAUCAGAUCAAUGAUUCAUAACUGAUUUAUGAUCUGAAGACUCAUGUUUAUACAGUAAUAUUCAGACUGGUUUACAUCAACAGUCUGAUUGUAUUUCUUGAUCUUUGCUGAGCAACAGUUUGUGUGAGAGGAAUUAAAGGCCUGUCUCAAAUACAGUUCAGUGAUUUAAGCAAAUAAUAGCCUGGGCUUCUAAUAGAAGUUUUACGGUAGUUGAUGAAUAUGUGAGAACUGUCUGACCGAGGGCAUUAAAAUCAGUCUGAGGUUCAAAGAUCAACAACGAGGUCCAGGCUUAAUGCUGAUUGUCUCAAGUAGUACCUGCUCACUGUGUUAUAUUCAGGCAGCCAGUGGCAUCUUUAUUGCUGCUGAACUCUGCUGCUGUUCAGGCGUCAGUGUCCGAUCGUUAGAUCAGAUUUAGCUUUUACAUGUAGACGGUCACUGGAUCCUCCACAGUCACACAUUAGUUUACGUGUUCAUGUGUUCACAGAGUCUCAGUGUGUAAAUAAGAGCUGAUGUGUUCCCAGUAUCCACCAGUACAACAACCAUCAGUCUGUGUUGCAUUCACUGACACUGGAGAACACAGAUUUGCACAGAAAAGUCCUUUCCUAUGUGUUGAUACCAAGUAUAUGUCUUACCUAAGCUUAAAAAGAACAAGACCUUAAGCACUGGAUCAAAAUCAGUCACAUACAGGAUGAAGUGUUUUAGACUGUCGACAACUCAAAUACAAAAUCAUAAUCUUUGUGCUAAGCUAGGCUAAACACAUCCUCGAUCUAGUCAUUAAAGACAGAGAACAAAGACAGAGGGUUUAUUAAAGUGUUUUUCUAAAUUUAAAUAAGUUUUAACAGGAAGUUUGGAGGACCCAGGAUGUUUCCCUGAGGGACUUCAGAGUUAUUAAAGACAGAAAAAGAGGAUUUACAGAAAUGUUAGUGUCUUUUUAAGGGAUAAAAUUUACAGCAACAUUUUUACUGCUGUUUGUCAGAUGAAUUAUAGAAAUGUUAAUCUGUACAAUGCUGUGUUUUUAUAGUAUUGAGUUUAUAUGUAUUACAGAUAUAGAACAAAGUUAACUUGGAAGAUUAGCAGAUUAAAGUCUGUACAUAAGAGGGUAUUUUACUGAGCUUUAAUAAAAAUAAAACUGAUCUUUA